AUGGGAGCUCAAAACACCACAAAAAAAGUAAAGUUUGCGUUGUUCGAUUUGGACGGGUGUUUAUACCCCAUCGAGAACGGGUACGAACACGCGUGUCGCGCUCGAGUGUUUGAGUUCAUGGUUUCACAACUUGGGUACGAAACCAUCGACAAAGCGAAAACGAUAUGGAAAAGAGAGUUUACGAAGCACAAUCAAACCUUGAAAUCCUUGAGAGAAUUAGGACACGUACGUUUUAAGAAAGAAACGUACUGGGAGUUCACGAGAGGCGACUGUUCGCAACACCUGGAACCGGACGAACAGGUGAGAGAAUGUUUACGAAAAAUGUCAAAAUCGUUUCCGAAAUUCGUGUUGACGAAUUGCGCGGAGACGGAAGCGAAGCAGGCGUUAGAAAGAUUGAAUAUAUUGGACCAGUUUGAUUACGUGUACGGGGCGGAUUUUAUGGGCGACACGUGCAAACCAUCGAAAGAGGCUUUUGGGAAAGUACUUCGAGACGUGAAGCGGAGGAUGAAAGCGAUGGAUGGUGUUCGUAGCGACGGUACCGAUGAUGAUGUUCACAGUGUCGACGAAGACGAUAUCACGGAAGAAGAAGAAGCAAACGAAGGCAUUCAAGAACCGUUCGACGACGACGAGGUGUUCAUGUUCGAAGACUCGCUCAAAAAUCUCGUCUCCGCGAAAGAUAAUUUCAACAUCACCGGCGUCUUGAUUAAAGGCAAAACGCUCGCCGAGGAGAACGACGGUUCGGAAGUCUCCAAGAGGUUCGUUCAAAUAGACAAACCUGUUCUGAGCGAGUUAAUGGAGAAAGUGCCGAGUUUGUUCGCGUGA